AUCAUGUUUAUAUUUUUAACACACUACGUUGAUGAGUUAGCCAGUUAAGAAAAGCUAGCAUUAUAACGCAUCCCUUAUAUAAGAUCACAUUCUUUUUUUAAUUUUUCACAAUAGAAAAAAAAGAAGAAAUGAUAUUCAAUAGAAAUAGGUGUCCUUAACUGUAACGAGGAUCUAAUUUUGGCAGUGUCCUUAACUGUAACGAGGAUGUAUAUUUCACUUUCUUUUUCUCUUCUCUCAUACUUUAUUCACUUUUUAUUAUAAUACCCAAUUUUUCUAAUUAUCUUUUUAACUUUACUAAAUUUUAUUAAAAUUUGUAAAAUCCACAAAUGGAACUAUAUUUUGUGGGUCGAAAAAGUAAUUAAAUGCCUCAGUGUCCUCAGACAACUAGAUGAUUUAAUAAGAUAAGGUUUUCCAAUAAGAAAUCUCCACCACAACCUCAUUCUCCACCACCAUUGGUGAGAUCAAAUACCUAACCCCUUGUUUGAUAUGCAAAACUAAAGCUCUCUACUCCACUUUGCACCACUCCAUCACCAUUCACCACCACCAAUUUCCAUAUCAAAGAAAUGACGGCUUAUGGUGCUAUUUCUUCUCUUACUGAAACAAUGAGCAACAUUCUCCGUUGUUCUCGUUUUAGCCUUGAUGUUCGCUCUCAACAAAUCAUACAAGUCGUGAUCAUCGAGUUGCAGCCUUGGCGCCAAAUUCUGGAAAGAUUGGAUAAGACGAAGCCAAGGCUGAGCAGGAAGAAGGUGAAUGCUUUGGAUGGCAUAAUCAAAGAGGCAAUUUGGAAAUUCGAAGACUCAUUAGAAUCCCUUCUCACUCAACAGAUUCCUUCUCAACUCGAAACUCUUCCAGAGAUUGUCUCCACUGAUCUGCAGAGUCUGCAAAGUGACGUUGAUUCCUUGAUCCAGAAGCUCAAGGAAAUGGAGAAGGAGUACAUCUAUGAAGUGGAGAAUAUGCCUCAAGACGAACCUAUUUCCUCAUCAUUUGGUUUCCCUGGGACCAAUUCUAAGAUGAUUGGAUUAUCCGACCAAUUCCAACAACUCAAAACCGAUAUUCUGAGAGAUCACUUCGACUUUGGUUUCCGCUGGCUAGUUGGAACGGCCGGAGUUGGGAAGACAACUCUUGCUAUGCAAAUCUAUCAAGAUCCAGAAAUUCAUAGCAAGUUCGAAUGUCGCGCGUGGGUGACCGUUGGCCGAGUACCUCAACCGACCGUACAAAUUAUGCGAGGCAUUGUUUCUCAACUGUGUGGAAUUACUCAAGGAGAGGUUAAAAUAGAUUACAGGUUGGAAAAAAGAUUGCCUGACAAGCAUUGCCUCAUUGUGCUGGAUGAUGUUUGGGAAGAAGAAGAUGCAUGGGGUAGGAUGAAAUUUACCUUUCCUUACAUCCGAAAUCGAUGUAUUCAAGUCUUGCUUACUGGCCGACAUCGGAAAUUGAUGAAUGAUUAUAUUUUUACUGAUGGAUUUGAGGUGCGGCUUUUGAAUGAAGAAGAAAGCAUGGAGCUACUGUGUGAUAAGGUGUUUGGCGAUGAGAUUUGCCCUCCUCACCUUCACAAAGCUGCUGUCAAAAUCGCCAAGCAUUGCGAAGGUCUCCCCCUCUUGAUCGUUACUGUUGCUCACAUCAUUUCAAUAUCCGAGCAUAACAGAGACCCGGUCUACUGGAAUGGCGUGGCAGAAAGGCGAAAUUCAGUCUUCGAGGAUGCAUAUGAUGAAAUAUCCAAGGUACUUUUCCCAAGCUACGACUACUUGCCUCAAAAUCUUAAAAUGAUUUUUCUGUUUUUGGGAGUUUUCCCUCGGGAUUCCGACACCCCCACUUCCAAGAUCAUCACUAUGCUCAUGGCUGAGGGGCUGCUUUCAUCGUAUAAAUCGGGAUGUAAAUGUCUGAAAGAGCUAAAUUACGGCUACAGCCUUGUUUCACGCAUGUUGAGGACCGUUGAUAAAAGUUUUCUUGUUGAGUUUCAAGUUAGAGAGUUUAAAACUUGCUGGCUUCAUUCUUCAUGGCGGCACGUUUGUAGAGAAGAAGCUAGUAAGAACAAGUUUUAUCACGUCUUAAAUAAGUUAGCCGAUGCAGAAGAAGAAGUUCUAAAAGGUCAGCGCGGCUUGUGUCUCGAAAACAACAUUUUAUUUGGCAUCAAAGACUUUCGUGACUCGGUGUGGUUGAACUGUGCUUCCUUUGCGCGUUCUCUCCUUUGCUAUGGUCCUUACCACCAAUAUCCAAUUCCUAUAGAUGUCGGUUUCAUGUUGCUAAGGGAAAUAGAUGCCCUUACACAACGUUUCUAUACUUUCCCAAUAGAAAUUCUGACCUUAGUCCAACUAAAGUACCUUGCUCUAACUUGCAAUGGAGAAGUCCCUUCAACCAUUUCUAAACUUUUCAACCUUCGAGUCUUGAUUAUCCAUCCGCAUAUGAAAAUUAGACGUCGUGGAGCUCCUUCAUAUGUACCAAUACAGGUGUGGGACAUGCAAGAAUUAGAGCAUAUCGAGAUGUUAGGAAAAAGCCUUGUAGCUCCAUCUCAUGUUGUUUCUUUGAAAAAGCUCUCAACACUUGUCGGUGCGAAUGCUAGUAUUUGUACUAUCUUCAAACUCUCCCAAAGGAUUCCUAACAUAAAGAAAUUAGGAAUACAGAUUGAGCUGACGCCUUACGAGGAUCAUAACGAUCUUUUGAGUUGCUUUGAUUGCAUUUCAACACUAGAAAGCUUAGAGACUCUAAAACUCAGUAUCACAAAUCCAGUCAUCAAGAAAGGCCAUGUUUUCCCGGUGAUUGAUGGGGCAUUGAAGUUGCCAUGUCAUUUGAAAAAGUUACAUUUGAGUGGUAUGGGUUUUCCAUGGAAAUACAUGAAUGACAUUGCUUCUCUGCCAAAUCUUGAAGCUCUCAAAUUGCGAUCCUACGCCUUUCAGGGUUCACAUUGGAAUGUAAAAAAUGAUUGUUUUCGACGUCUUAAGUUUCUUCUUAUUGAAGAAAGUGAUUUGGUGCAAUGGAAAUCAAGACGCAGAAGCUUCUGCAAGCUUGCAGUCUUAAGCAUGAAACAUUGCUACAAACUUGAAAAUAUCCGCAUACCUUCUUUUUUUAAUCCCCAUGACCUAAAUGAGAUUGAAUUAGAGGAUUGCAAUCCUUUAGUUUUGAUUUGGGCCACCCAAUUACAACCAUGUUUCAGUUGUACGCUUAGUGUUACUUCCUCUUCUUCUUUUGAUGAGAAACCGACAACUAUCAAAUUUAAAAGGCAUGGAACUUAUGAUGAAUAUAAAGAUGAUCAUGAGGAGGAUGACGAAGAGAAUGAAGACGAAUAUACGUAUGAUCAAGAGUAUACAAAGGCGAGCGAUCAUGAGGAUACAGAGGCAAGCGCAAACGUCAAGGAGCAUGAGAGAUCUUUGAGGCUUUGAAUUUGCUGCUACAGAAGUGAUGCACGUGUUAUUCGAAGGAUGGUUUAUCUCGAUAAAUAUAAGAACUUUGUAGUGAUUUCUUGGUAUUUUGGUUUGAUUCCAAAUAAAUGAAUCAUGAUUGUUGUAUUACUAUUAUUUAGGGUUGUCACUUAAAUUUAAGAAUCGUACCUUGAGUGGAUUAUGUAUUGAUUCAAUGUUGUUUUGGGUUGGAUUUAAUUGAAAA